GGCUCUACCAGAACGUGCUAUCAGAUAAACUACAAACCAUCUCUCUUUCUCUUUAUCUUUCUCUCUCUUCCUCCUCCGCCUCUAAAUUAUUCAUUUCCCGAGAUAACUUGUCACUCAAAAGCAAAAGCAGAUCAAUGUGGAAGCUCAGCCCCUUGUGCUUUCUCUUGCUCUGCUCCUCCGCCGCAUUGGUUUCUUCCCAGAGAUCUCGCCGUCUCUGGCAGACACUUACCGGAAAGCAGCCUGUGGUGAUAGCAAGAGGUGGAUAUUCGGGGGUACUUCCGGACUCUAGUUUCAACGCGUAUGCUUUGGCAGCGCAGCUUGGGAUGGCGGAUUCGAUGGUGUGGUGCGAUGUUCAGCUUACGAAGGAUGGAGCUGGAAUUUGCUUUCCGGACAUCAGGCUCGAAAAUGCUUCCGACAUUGAUCUUCUCUAUCCGAAGGGACGCAAAACCUAUCUUGUCAACUCUGUCUCGACUCCAGGAUGGUUCUCCAUCGAUUUCACCCUCAAGGAUCUACUACCCGUCAAUAUAAAACAGAGGAUCUAUUCCCGGGCUCCCAAUUUCGAUGCCUCCGUGAAUCAGAUUGUUAGUGUUGAAGAUUUAGUGUCACAAAUAAAACCACCUGGAUUGUGGUUAAGUGUACCGCAUGAUGCAUUCUUCACCCAACAUAACCACAGUAUCCGGGAUUACAUCAUUACUGCAUCCAAACGCUCCAUUAUUAACUGCAUUUCAUCACCGGAGGUAGGUUUCUUGAGGAGCAUUGCAUCACGGUUUAGAACCGGCCCGACUAAGCUUAUCUUCCAGUUUCUGGAGCCUGAUCAAGUGGAGCCAACAACAAACCAAACUUAUGCCUCACUUUUAAACAAUCUUACAUUCAUUAAAACAUUUUCUACUGGAAUUAUUGUUCCAAAGAAGUACAUAAUUCCAGUGGACAACCUAUAUUUGCAGCAAGCCAGAACUAUCGUUACUGAUGCUCAUGCAGCAGGUCUUCAAGUUUUUGCGUAUAAUUUCGCAAACGAUGCCAUUUUACCAUAUAACUACAGCUAUGAUCCUGUGGCUGAGUAUCUCGCCUUCAUCGAUAAUUCCAAAUUUUCUGUUGAUGGUAUCAUCUCCGACUUCCCAAUGACUGCAUCAGCGUCUAUCGAUUGCUAUUCCCACAUGAGCAAAAAUGAUUCUGCCAAAGCAAAGGUUUUGGCCAUCACGAACGAGGGAGCAAGUGGAGACUAUCCCGGUUGUACUGAUAAGGCGUACGAAAAGGCUGUAUCAGAUGGUGCAGAUAUACUCGAUUGCCCUGUUCAAAUAACGAGUGAGGGGAUACCUUUUUGCUUGGGAUCCAUCAACCUCAGGGAUAGAACAACUGCUUCUCAAUCCAGUUUCACCAACAGGGCAGCAGAUAAUCCACAACUUGGCAUAGUUAAAGGAAUUUUCACCUAUAAUCUCACAUGGACCGAAAUCAGCACCUUACGACCUGCUAUUUACAACCCUUAUUCGAAUUAUUCAAUUUUCCGGAAUCCAAAGUCCAAAAAUGAUGGCAACUACAUGCAACUAUCGGACUUUUUGGCGUACGCAAAUACAUCUGCAGUCAGUGGUGUCAUAAUCAGCAUUGAGAACGCUGCGUAUCUGGCUGCAAACCAAAGUUUAGGUGUGACUGAUGUGGUUUUGGAUACUCUAAGCAAAGUCGGGUUGAAUAAGAAGAUUAUGAUAAGAUCCAGUGACAGCGCCGUGCUGUCAAAGUUUAAGCGUAGCAGUGACUAUGAGCUUGUUUACCUGAUUAAGGACGACGUUAGUGAUAUCUUGAACUCCACCAUUUCAGAGAUAAAGAAAUUCGCAAGCUCUGUCGUCCUCACCAAAGAAUCAGUCUAUCCUACUGACAAGUUCUUCCUCUCUCAUGAUACAACAAUAGUUUCAAAACUCCAAGGCUUCGGUCUUUCAGUUUAUGUGCAACUUUUCCAAAAUGAGUUUCUGUCUCAGCCUUGGGAUUUCCUCUCUGAUCCAUAUCUGGAGGUUAACUCUCACGUCGGUUAUUACUCUGUUAACGGUGUCAUAACUGACUUCCCUGCUACUGUUGCAAGAUACAAAAGAAACCGAUGUUUAGGGUAUGAAAAAUUUCCGCCAUACAUGUUACCAGUCGCCACUGGUGGCCUAAUUGCACUUAUGUCGAGUCAAGCUAUGCCUCCGGCAGAGGCUCCUAACCCCAUUCUUACAGAUGAGAGUGUGAUUGAGCCUCCCCUGCCGCCAAUCAGGGUUCCAACCAACAACACUGGCAGUAGCUCAACAGCAUCGGGCCCUGUUGCACCCAACGGGCAGCCUACGCUGGUGGGAAAUGCCAUCCUCAGUGGCAUGUCUCUUCUUCUUGCAGCUCUUGUAUUGUGCUGAUGUCGAUAGCUAAAUAUGUUUCCCAUCAUUUUGUGAUGUUUAUAAUCGCAAGUCUCCUUGACUACUAUAUAUUGAGCUUGAGAGAUUGCAUUGUUGUAGGUAUUUUCAUUCUUUUUGGAGAUGCUAUUUUUUGCACAAUAUAUAAUUUGUGUAUUGAUAUUCA